GAGGACACCUGAACUCCGCCGGAAGUCAGGAAGGAUCCAUCCGGCGCCGGGAAAAGUGAGAGCGGGAUUUUCUCAGUCCUUCAACUACAUCCGGUUUCUUCUGCCCUGGUCACCUUUGGGAAGACAUGUCUUCUGUGAAAGCAAACCUAAAGAAGGAAAUAAUUUCCCAGUUUCACUGUUCAGCUGCUGAAGGAGAUAUUGCCAAGUUAACAGCGAUACUCAGUCAUUCUCCAUCUCUUCUCAAUGAAACUUCUGAAAAUGGCUGGACUGCCUUAAUGUAUGCUGCAAGGAAUGGGCACCCAGAGGUUGUCCAGCUUCUGCUUGAGAAAGGGUGUGACAGGUCCAUUGUCAACAAAUCAAAGCAGACUGCACUGGAUAUUGCUAAAUUUUGGGGUUAUAAGCAUAUAGCUAAUUUGUUAGCUAAUGCUAAAGGUGGGAAGAAGCCUUGGUUCCUAACCAAUGAAGUGGAAGAAUGUGAAAAUUAUUUUAGCAGGACACUACUGGACCGGAAAAGUGAAAAAAGAAAUAAUUCUGACUGGUUACUAGCUAAAGAAAGCCAUCCAGCCACAGUUUAUAUCCUUUUCUCAGAUUUAAAUCCCUUGGUUACUCUAGGUGGCAAUAAAGAAAGUUUCCAACAGCCGGAAGUCAGGCUUUGUCAGCUGAACUACACAGAUGUAAAGGGUUAUUUGGCCCAGCCUGAGAAGAUCACCUUGAUUUUCCUUGGAGUAGAACUUGAAAUGAAAAAAGAGUUACUGAGUUAUGCUGAGGAAGUCCCAAAAGAAGAGGAAGAUGGCUUGGUUGCCUGGUUUGCUCUAGGUAUAGGUCAGAUUGCUGCUGAAGAAUUUAAGCAAAGACAUGAAAAUUGUUAUUUCCUUCAUCCUCCAAUGCCAGCACUUCUACAAUUAAAAGAAAAGGAAGCUGGGGUUGUUGCUCAAGCAAGAUCUGUUCUUGCCUGGCACAGUCGGUAUAAGUUCUGCCCAACCUGUGGAAGUGCAACUAGAAUUGAAGACGGUGGCUAUAAAAGAGUGUGUUUAAAAGAAGACUGUCCUAGCCUCUAUGGUGUUCACAAUACAUCAUAUCCAAGAGUUGAUCCGGUAGUAAUCAUGCAAGUUAUUCAUCCAGAUGGGACCAAAUGUCUUUUAGGCAGGCAGAAAAGAUUUCCCCCGGACAUGUUUACUUGCCUUGCUGGAUUUAUUGAACCUGGGGAGACAAUAGAAGAUGCUGUUCGAAGAGAAGUAGAAGAGGAAAGUGGAGUCAAAGUUGGGCAUGUUCGGUAUGUCUCUUGUCAACCGUGGCCAAUGCCCUCUUCCUUAAUGAUUGGUUGCUUAGCUGUGGCAGUGUCUACAGAAAUUAAAGUUGACAAGAAUGAAAUAGAGGACGCCCGCUGGUUCACUAGAGAACAGGUCAUAGAUGUUCUGACCAAAGGGAAGCAGCAGGCAUUCUUUGUGCCACCAAGCCGAGCUAUUGCACAUCAGUUAAUCAAACACUGGAUAGGAAUGAACGCCAAUCUCUAAAUUAAAAAAAUCAGGCUUUGUUUAAAUAUUAUUUGUUGUUUAACUACCACUUAUUCCUCAAGUGAAGUUAGAAAUAUUCAGGGCUCUUAGAGUGUCACAAUACAAAAUAUUAUAUUAGAUCUAAAAAAAUAGUUUCUUUUCGUCUUGACUACAGAAUUCAUAUUUCUAUAAAUUCAUCCUCACCUCCGAUUUUGUUAAAUUUCAGUCAGCCUUCUCAAAAAAAAAAAAAAAAUUGUUUUUUUUUGGUCAUACUUCACAAUUUUAUUGCAUAAAACCAUAUUUCUAAUAAGAGAAAUCAUGUCUGAAGUAUGUUCUAGAAAUGUGAAUAAAUCUGAAUUUUAGUCAGUUUUCCUAAUGUUGCUUGUAAGCGUUAGACCAAUCAUUAAAGUUCUUUAGUUGAGAAAUGAACCAAAAGAAUUUUAAUGAAUUUAGAGUUUGUAUUGAUUUCAAAUCUUUUUAUUACCAUACAAAUUCUGUAAGUUGCCACUGGCUGAUUUUUGCCCAUCUUCCCAUCACAGUCCCACUUACUCUCUCCUCCUGGUUCCUUUGUUCUAGUAACAGUGUUGUUAUAAUGUUGCUUCUAGUCUAAUUUGACUGGUAUUAAGAAGAUUCUGUUUUAACAAAUAAAUCUAAUGAGUUCGAAUACCACACCCUCAUGCAGGAAGAGCUUAAGUGAGAACAUGCCGUUGUGUUUGAGGCUGCCUCCUUAAGCCAAUUAAUUAGCUUAUCUGUUUACUUGUAAGUUAUAUUCCAGGUUGUACUUAAAGCAAAUUAAGAUUCUCUGUUUUUUUUUUUAACUGAGAUGAAACCUGUUUGAAAGGACUUCUCAAAGUCAGAUAUUAAAUAUAUCCUAGUUAGGUUUACAUAUUUAAUAAAACACUGACUUUAAAUCAUUUUGUAGGAAGAAUGUGUCUACAUUAGCAAAAUUAUAUAAUCAUUACCAACAAUAUUUAUUAUACUCAAAUGCAUUGUCUUGGUUUUGAUCUUAUUUCAGCACAUUCUAAGAAGCUUUUAUGAAAUGAGCAUAUUUUAGAACUCAAUCAGUAAGACUGUAGAGAAGGUAGAUUGUAGUAAUUCACAAGCUUGCAACAUAGAAACUCACAUUUUCCAAAGCUUGUUUUGAAAUUGUUUUAAGAAGUAGCUUAUAAAUAUACAAAUUUUAUAGUUUGACACUAUACUGUGGUGUUAGAACUGGGAGACACCUUAAGAAUAAUAUAUGUAGUUCACGGUCCUCGUUUUAUAGGUGAAGAAAGGAAGUCUUGAAAAGUGAAUUUCAUUAAUUGGUUAAAGUUACACAGCUAAUUAAUCUACAAUAGUCUGCACUGUAUAACCCAGUCCAACACUCUCACUGUAAUAGGAACUAGAAACUAUUACUAAGAACAUAUAUAAAAUAGGAGAGGGUAAGAAUAAUAAAUUUAACUUCACCAAAUUUGUUAAUUAAAAUUCUAGGUACUUAAAAUUUAUGUAACUUAAGAUAACUUUCUAAGAUAAACUUUAUUUUACUAAUGAACAGUGAUUAGUGACGUCAGAACUUUAAACCAAACUAAGACUUACAGAGCACAUUUAGAUGCUUAAUAUAAUUUGAACUGCAUAAGUAUAUAGAAAAUGACAUGCGUUUAAUUACUAUAAAGUAUAAUGACUUGUUGCUAUAGUCGGAAUCAACUCUAUGGCAACAGGUUAUAAUGAUUUGAGGUUCAGUUUCACUCAAUGUAUUUUUAAUACUUGCAGAUUCUAAAAUUACACUGUAAAAUUCCAGGUUUCCAUAAUACUAGGAGCAGCUGGUGUAUUCAAACUGCCAGCCUUUUGGUUAGCAGCCAUAGCUCUUAACCACUGCACCACCAGGACUCCAAAUGUUAGAAUAGGAAAGUAAAAUAUAAAGUAUCAACAAAAUGCAGUUAUAAAUUUAGUUUUGCAUAUGUAAUUCUCUGCUCAGGGAAAAUCAGUAUCUAAGUAAAUUAUUGUUAUAACAAUUAUUCUUAAAUCGCUAACCUCUGAGAGGUGAGUAGCUGUAUAUCAAUAGAAGGAAUAGCCAGUUCAAGAAUUGGUAGGGGUUUAAGUACCGUGAAUAUAUUUU